CUGACCUGGGCCCGAGUGUUUUUGCAGUGUAAACACUUUUCACCGGCAAACCAUUCAGCAUUUUCCAAACAAGCAGAACAAUACAGAGUGCCUCACAAUAAGGCCAGCGUGUGGGUGCACUGACCACUAUGGAGGAGGGCCGACAGACCGAGACAAUAGAGGGGGACCUCAAUCGACGUAUACAGCUUUUUCUACACAGUUCCGGUGUGGAAGCGGGGCUGCCUUUCACCUGGGGACCAGGACUCAGGCGCUUCAUCGUCUCAUGAAAUAACAGAGACCCGUGCAGACCUGAAGCAGAACCAGACCGUGACUGUGCUGUAGGGUCAGGAAUACCAUGCGGCCCUGCUGUACUAUCAGUGUGUGCCAUGUGUUUGUGUUGGUGCUGCGUCUGUCUGCGGCUGAGGACUUCGACUGGACAAAGAACGACCACGGCUCCUUCUAUUAUGGCACUUUUCCAGUUGGAUUUUCGUGGGGUGCCGGAAGCUCCGCCUAUCAAACAGAAGGAGCCUGGGACAAAGAUGGAAAAGGCCUGAGCAUUUGGGAUGUGUUCAGCCAUAAGAAAGGCAAAAUACAUCAAAAUGAAACUGGGGAUUCCUCUUGUGAGGGCUACUACAAAGUCAAGGAAGAUGUUUCACUGAUGAGGGAGCUGAAGUUGAACCACUAUCGCUUCUCCAUCUCCUGGCCCAGACUCAUCCCCACAGGCAUUAAGUCCGAUCACGUCAACGAGAGAGGCAUAAAGUACUACAACGACCUGAUCGAUCACCUGCUGGAGAACAAAAUCACCCCCGUCGUGACGCUGUACCACUGGGAUCUUCCGCAGGUCCUGCAAGAGAGAUUUGGCGGAUGGCAGAACAUCAGCAUGGUCAAUUACUUUAAUGACUUUGCGAACUUGUGCUUCGAAAGAUUUGGCAACCGUGUCAAGUAUUGGAUCACCUUCAACAAUCCGUGGUCGAUAGCUGUGGAAGGAUAUGAAACAGGAGAGCACGCUCCAGGACUGAGGCUGAGAGGAACCGGGGCUUACAGAGCUGCUCACCACAUCAUCAAGGCACAUGCUAAAGUUUGGCACUCGUACGACACACAAUGGCGGUCUAGGCAAAAAGGUCUUAUUGGCAUCUCUCUGUCGGGCGACUGGGGAGAGCCAGUGGACAUCACCAACCAGAAGGACAUCGAGGCUGCGGAGAGAUACGUCCAGUUCUACCUGGGCUGGUUUGCAACACCAAUCUUCCACGGAGACUACCCUCAAGUGAUGAAGGACUUUGUUGGCAAGAAGAGCGCGCAGCAGGGUCUGGGCACGUCAAGGUUGCCAACCUUCUCCCCUCAAGAGAAAAGCUACAUGAAGGGAACGUGCGACUUCCUCGGCAUCGGCCACUUCACCACCCGCUACAUCGCCCAGAAGAACAACCUGAUAGGCCGCGGCAGCAGCAACUACUUCACUGACCGCGAUCUGGCCGAGCUAGUGGACCCCCGCUGGCCGGACCCCGGCUCGGAGUGGCUCUACUCCGUACCCUGGGGUUUCAGACGUCUGCUCAACUUUGUGAAGACUCAAUAUGGAAACCCCAUGAUUUACGUGACAGAGAACGGCGUCUCGGAGAAGACACUGUGCACAGAGCUGUGCGACGACUGGAGGAUACUGUACUACAAAGACUACAUCAAUGAGAUGCUCAAAGCGAUCAAAGACGGGGUCAAUGUGAAAGGCUACACUGCUUGGUCCCUGCUGGACAAGUUCGAGUGGGACGAGGGCUACUCCGAGAGGUUCGGCUUGUACUACGUGGACUUCAGAAACAAGAACAAGCCUCGCUAUCCUAAAGCCUCUGUGCAGUUCUACAAACGCAUCAUCAGUUCCAACGGAUUUCCAAAUCAGAGAGAGGUAGAAAACUGGAAGAGGAAAUCUGUGGAGACCUGCUCUUCCAGCAAUCAGAUGCUUGCUGCAGAAGAACAGCGGAGUACUGCUGCCAAUAUUCUAAGACUUAUACAUGAUCCCCUGACCAGCCACAUGGAGAUGGUCACCGAGAUUGUGGUUCCCACUGUGUGCACACUUUCUAUUUUACUCAGUGCCAUCUUCCUCAUGUUCCUGCUGCGGAGGCGGAACUAGAAACAGGCUCAUCCCAGCGGCCGUGCUCAGAAUACAACAACGUCUAAAAUGGAUGUGUGAGAAUAAGUCUUUUAUUAGAUCCUGAUUCAAAUGAACUUUUAAAAUGAUGUGACUCAACUUUGCUGUAGAAAACAACAACUUUAGGGCGAGACUAACAUGGCUGUAUCUUUUUUUUUGACAUCUCUUAAUAAAACGUUGCGGUGA